AUGGGCAUACUUAGCACCUUUCCUGGCCCUUUGUGGCCGUCCCUUAAUACUUCCCGGAGAGUGAUGGCCACCCCUCGGAUGGCCAGAGGCCGGCACUUCACCCCAGUCCCCGAGACCCUGAAGCCUGCCAAGAAACAGACGGCCCUGGCAAGCUCUGCAGAACAAUGCUGUUCAUUCACCUCCAGUUCCCCCAAAGUGAAGGUUGCCAAGUGCACUUCACCUGAGAAAAAUGCUCAUAAUGUGUUGGAGCGUUCGAGGACUGGAGGCGGCCAGGCACAGCUCCUCGUCUUAAGCAGAUUCAAGCAGGAGUAUUGUUUUACAAUUGGGAGAACAUCUGAUGUUAAAAUUAAAAAGAGAGUGGCUCGUUUGUUCUACAUGUUAUUCAUCGUGAAUACGUUUACGGCUUUAAAGUCCAAUGGGCGUUUCUUUGGCAGGAUACUGAAAAAUGGCACUCUGGAGGGUGGAUUUACUUACACAAAGAAAGCGAUACCAGAGAAUGUCACAGGCACCUUGCCACUGGUCAAAGGUUUUGUCGCUACAGCAGUUGCUGUGAUAUGUUUUGGUAGUAAUUUUGUUCCAGUGAAGAAAAUUGAUACAGGAGAUGGUCUGUUUUUCCAGUGGAUCUUUUGUACGGCAGUCUGGGUUGUCUCACUAGUGGUCCAUCUAAUCCAACAGUGUCCACAGUUUUGGCCUCUCACGAUGCUGGGUGGAUUUUUGUGGGCUACAGGAAACAUCACAGUUAUUCCCAUAUUGAAAACUGUUGGUCUUGGCAUGGGAGUUUUAAUCUGGGCUACUUUUAGCCUUUUAAUGGGCUGGGCUAGUUCAAGGUUUGGCUGGUUUGGAUUGGAUGUACAAAAAGUUCCAAGUCCCAUCCUAAACUACAUUGGAACAGCAUUGGCAGCUUUAAGUGCUGGAAUUCUUAUUUUUGUGAAAACUGAGAGUAAAGAACCGACGACAGAAGAAAAAUUCCCCUUAAUACAAGACAAGGAAUUGGAAGAAGAUGAUGAGACUUCUACAAAACAAGGAGACGCUUGCUGGACUGAUAAACUCAAUCCCCUACAAAAGAAAUUGGUUGGCUGCAGUCUUGCAAUGUGUGCAGGUUUACUGUAUGGUUCCAGCUUUGUACCAGUCCUCUACAUUAAGAACCACGCUGAGAGAAAUGAAACUGAGUUUUUUGGUGCAAGUCAGUUUGACAUGGAUUAUGUUUUUGCAUACUGCAGUGGGAUUAUUCUAACCAGUACAAUCUAUUUUCUCAUAUACUGUGCAGUGAAGAAAAACAAACCAAGUGUUUAUUCAACAGCAAUAUUACCUGCUUUCUUUUCAGGACUCCUGUGGGGAAUAGCAAACAGUGCGUGGUUCCUGGCAAACUAUUUCCUUGGUGCAGUUAUCACUUUUCCUCUUGUUACUGCUGUGAGUAUUUCUUAUAUUUGUAACCGUAUCAAAAAUAACAGAAAACAAAAUGGAAAAAUCUGA